CCUUGUUAGAUGAGGGGCUGCGAGUUGGAGCUAUCAUCAUCCAUCAUCAGGAAGAAGAUUUUUGCCUAGAAUCCACCCGUUCCUGACCUCCCCAGACAAGCUGCAAAUACAAUCACCUGCUUCCAUAUAGUCACGCCGAGAGUAAAGACACGAUGGCGACCCAGGGACAGAAGAAGUUCAAUGUCGGAAUCAUAGGCUAUGGCAUGUCGGCGACCAUAUUCCACAUUCCAUUCAUCAGCCUCACCAACAACCUCGUCCUCCACUCCAUCGUCCAGCGCUCGCCCAAGCCGGGCAGCUCCGCGCCUGAGGACCACCCGACGGUGAACCACCACACCUCAGUCGGCCCGCUGCUGGCGGACCCAGCAGUCGACGUAGUCGUCAUCACGACGCCGCCCGACACCCACUUCGCCCUCGCCGGCGCCGCCAUCCGGAGCGGCAAGCACGUGCUGGUAGAGAAGCCCUUCGUGCCGACCGCCGCCGAGGCCGACUCGCUGGUUGCGCUGGCCCGCGAGCGGGGUGUCCAGUUGUGCGUGUACCAGAACCGGCGAUGGGACGCCGACUUCCUCGAGGUGCGCCGCCUGGUGGCGGGGGGCGCGCUGGGCCGCGUCGUCGAGUUCGAGACGCAUUUUGACCGCUUCCGGCCGGGGCGCCCCACCAACUGGAAGGGCACGCUGCCCAUGAAGUGGGGCGGCGGCGUCGUCUACGACCUGGGCACGCACCUGAUCGACCAGGCGUUCGUGCUGCUCGGCAUGCCGUCGGCCGUGUACGCCCGCUUCGUCAGCCAGCGGGACGGCAGGCUGGUCAGCGGCGACGGCGGCGAGGACGAGGAGCCCGACAGCCUGACGGCGGUGCUGAGCUACCCCGAGACGGGGACGCUGGCGCACGUGCGCAUCGGGGUCAUGAGCGUCGAGACGAAGCAGGUGCGGUUCUGGGUCCGCGGCACAAAGGGCAGCUACCACAAGUACGGGUUGGAUCCGCAGGAGGGCCAGCUCAAGGCGGGCAUCAAGCCGUCUGAGGCCGACUUCGGGCACGAGGACGCGUCGCGCGCCGGCAGGCUGUGCGUUGCCAAGGACGAUGGGAGUGUCGUGGACGAGCCGCUUCCUGCGGCGGAGCCGGAGACGUAUCUGAAGUUUUACGAGCUCUUUGCGAGGUCGCUCGAGACGGGGAAGGAGGCCGACGUGCCCGUGCCAGCGACCCAAGCGGCAGAUGUGUUGCGGAUCAUUGAGGCGGUCAGGACAAGUGUGAAGACCGGGAUGGAGGUUGCCGUCAAAUGAUUAUGCGUCAGUUAUCAUGGUCCACUAAUCUUCGUUGCGGACUCUACCUAAGCUUGUGCACCGGGUCAGCAAGCUAGUGUUCUGCAUGGUGCAAACGAUACGCAGCAUCUAGCGGGUU